AUGGCUGAUAGACCAACUGAUGAAUUAGAAUCUAAGAACACGACUUUAUCAACACCAACAUCAAGAUAUGAGCAAUUCGAUGUUAAUGAUUCUAAUGAAGUGAAAGUAAAGAGUGGCAAAAAGGUAGGUCCUCUGGCCAUAACUCUUCUUGCUCUACUCGUGAUUGCGGUUGUGGUGAUCGCUGUCACUGUUCCAACCGUUCUCUUGACUCGAUCAACAACCCAAUCUUCAAAUAUUUCAAUAUCCGUUAAUUCAUCGACAAUACUGCCAACGAUAGGUGUCACUUCGACAGUCACUACUACUAAAUCACAGACGAUAGGAUGGCUUAACAUUGGUAACAUGAAUAUUGCACGAUAUCGACAUACAGCAUCCGUAUUAACAAAUGAAAAAGUCUUAGUUACUGGUGGACAAAAUGAUAAUCCUGCUUUAAAUAGUGCUGAGUUGUAUGAUCCAUCAACAGGAACCUGGACAAUGACUGGCAGUAUGAAUAAUGCACGACGAUGGCAUACAGCAUCUGUAUUAACAAAUGGAAAACUAUUAGUUACCGGUGGAUAUGAUAGUAGUUCUCGCCUAGAUAGUGCUGAAUUAUAUGAUCUAUCAACAGGAACUUGGAUAAUGACAGCUAAUAUGAAUAAUGCACGAGAAGGACACACAGCAUCCGUAUUGAC